UUUAUUUUGUGUUUUAAAGGAGGUAAAUAGAAAGUGGUACGAGGUUUGCGGAAAUUUUAUCAAAACGACAAACACUGCUAAAUACAUUUGUCAAGAUCAUUUUGAUGCCGACUGUUUUCAUCAUGGAGGUGAAAAUCUAUGUUUAGUCGAUGGAAAUAUGAUAGGAACUCCACGAAGACGGCUUUCUUUAAAAGCCGGCAGUAUUCCGAGUAUUUUUCCCAACAAUAUUCAUUUAGAUAAUCAACGGGAAUUCCAUAAUGGAAAUGCAGCUGCAGUUUCCUUGACGCCAAAUUCGCCGAUAUUGCCAAGUUCGGAAAUUCAGCCCAAUCAAUCUUUUGAAAUGGAAUCUCCAAGUUCAAGAAUUUCAGAUUCUGUUCAAGACAACCAAAAUCUGUUGGCCACACCAAAACGUAAAUCGUCUACUGAUUAUAAUGAAAAUAAUGUUGCUGAUCACAUUAUUCGUCUUCUUGACUCUUCUCCUCUCGAGCGUACUUAUCAAGUUCCUUGCGAAGAGUCCAAUGAAACUUCUUCAGUUCCGUAUGCGCUGCAAGAUUUGUUAGAAAAUUGGAAACUGAGAAAUGCAGAGGAGUUUCCAAAGUAUUGGACUAGGUACGACAUCGGACAGGAAGGUCUACAUUUUGGCUAUAAUGGAGAUGCUCUACAUCAGUUUACUCGAACAAUUACGGUGAACGAAAACAUGCAAGUUAAAAUUAGAGUCAACAAUCGCAUUUCGAAUUUCGAUAUUAUAAACAAGAUUUCUUCUAUCGAAGAUUUACGGUUUUUAAUGAUAACUUUAAUGAGCCUGAAACUUUGCACUAGAGCUGGGACAGCCAUUUGCGAAAAUGGUGUUUUUUUACCAACACGUAGAAGCGAGUUCUGCAAAUCUUGUGCAAUUAAAGUUCACAAAGAAAAAGAAAGGCAACGAAGAAAAGAAAAACUGUUGGACAAACACAAAGAAGCAAAGGCAAAGGUCAUAAGAAAUAUUAAACUGAAAUACCAACGAUCCCGUAAGAAGAUUGAUUCUCUGGAAAAGCAGAUAGCAGAAGCACUGAGACUAAAUUUUCUUGAUUAUUUGUUUUAAUUUUUUUUUAAAUUAU